CCUCGACUCCUUGGCAAAAAGAGGCGGACGGAAUAAAAAACACCCUCCGGUCCAAGCAAAGCAGCAGGGAGCGUGGAACCAAAGAAAUGCCCCACCCUCCCCAGCCCUCCCCCGGCAGUGACGGCGACGGGGAAGGCAGAGAAAAGAACGCGGCCGCCAAGAUGACAUCAUGGUUCGCCGUCUUCUUCGGGAACGCCAUGGGCAUCAUGAAAGCACUCGCCCCCAUAUCUUUCCAGCCCCAAAAGCCGAAGCCAUCAUCUCUAUCUAUUGCGCCAACCUUCUCCAUGAAGCCCGCGGACGAAAAAGAAUCAACAUUAGGAUCGGGGCCAUCCUCUGCUCGGACCGUAGAGAUCAUAGAGGGUGACACCCUUUGGGGCCUUUCUAGAAAAUACGGAGUAUCAAUCGAAGCAAUCAAAGAGGCGAACGGGAUCGCAGGGGACACUAUCUAUGCCGGAAAGAAGCUGAUCAUCCCUUGAAAUGAAACGGUUCUAUGUAUCGGUUUGUCUUCCGUUUGAAAUCUGGGUUUUACUAGAUGUGAGUUGAAGAUAUUGCGUACCUGUGACAUUGAAGACCAUUAACAGACAUAAACAGUUAUACUCCAUAACUUUGUAUCAAGUGUAUUACAUUUCUUCACCAAGUAUGGUGCAUUGCUUACUGCUGA